UCCAGGGAGAGGAGGGCGUUGGGGUCUCGCGCGGGUUAGGUCUCAACAAGCAGCGCAGGAGACCUUGUGCUUCCGCAGGGAAGCCCAUGUGGAAAAAAACGUGUGGGCUGGGCUCACUCCCUGCUGUGCGAUGCCAGGUGACAGCUGCCACCGACUUUCCACGAUUCUCGUGCUUAAUUUUUCAAGAAAAGAGAGGAGCAGCAAAGAUGGAUAAAGAGGGGCUGUUUGGGGAACUUGGGGUGCACAGUUACGGGGCGUCCCCAGGAGGGUCCCGGGAGCCUUGACGUAUUUAUCGCUUGUCUCCACGUUCCCACACUCCCCUUCCCCGCCCUCAGCAGGACGGCGGAUGCUUCUCAAACAGGAAGCUGUUUGCAGAUAACGGCCCCCCGCCUGAUGUGCUGGGAGGUCUGACGGCCAGGCGCUGCCCGCCGUGUGGGACCCCGGAGGCCCCGGGUGCCGUGUCCCAGGGCGGUCGGGACACCCCUGCGUGGUGUGCGCCUCAGGAGUCAGUGUCCCGCGGGGCUCAGGAUGAAGAGGGCUCUGGCUCUGGUCGGCCUGGCCUUCCUGUCGGUGCUGCGAGCCGGACGCCCUCAGCAGACGGCGGACGACGCCUGCUCCGUGCAGAUCCUCGUCCCCGGCCUCAAAGGCGAUGCUGGCGAGAAGGGGGAAAAAGGCGCGCCGGGACGGCCUGGACGAGUCGGCCCCACAGGAGAGAAAGGAGACGUGGGUGACAAAGGACAGAAAGGUGGCGUGGGUCGCCAUGGAAAAAUUGGUCCCAUUGGUUCUAAAGGUGAAAAAGGAGAUUCUGGUGACAUAGGACCCCCUGGCCCUAGUGGAGAACCAGGCGUCCCCUGCGAGUGCGGCCAGCUGAGGCAGGCCAUCGGCGAGAUGGACAACCUGGUCUCCCAGCUGACGGCGGAGCUGAGGUUCCUAAAAAACGCGGUGGCCGGCGUGCGCGAGACGGAGCAGAAGGUGUACCUGCUGGUGAAGGAGGAGAAGAGGUACGUGGACGCGCAGCUGGCCUGCCAGGGCCGGGGCGGCACGCUGGGCAUGCCCAAGGACGAGGCCGCCAACGGCCUGCUGGCCGCCUACAUCGCGCAGGCCGGCCUGGCCCGCGUCUUCAUCGGCAUCAACGACCUGGAGCGCGAGGGCACCUUCGUCUACGCGGACCGCUCGCCCAUGCAGACCUUCAACAAGUGGCGCAGCGGGGAGCCCAACAACGCCUACGACGAGGAGGACUGCGUGGAGCUGGUGGCCUCGGGGGGCUGGAACGACGUGGCCUGCCACCUGACCAUGCACUUCCUCUGCGAGUUCGACAAGGAGCACGUGUAGCGCGGGGCUCGGCCUCUCCAGGGGCCGCGGGGCCGCCUCGGCGAUGCGCGGGUGGGGGGUGCUUCCCAACACGGGGUCCCCGAGCAGGAGCGCAGGGCUCCCCGCAAAGGCUCCUUUCCCGAAUCUUGGAGCAUGGUGCGUGCUUAGACGAAAAGGCGGUGUUUCUGGGUAUUAUUUCUGAAGAACUAACGUUUUCUUCACUGUAUUGUCGCCAGAAUGUUCAUCACGUAAUUGUUACUCACAAUUGCUCUUGGCUUUGUCCCAAGUAUAAAAGGAAAUCUUUGAAUAUUGCAACUGUUAGGUACAAACAACGGUAGUGAGGUCUUAAGUUCCUGUCAUCCUUUUAAUUUCUAUAUGGAGAAGGAUCCUUUUUGAUCAAUGCUUCUGCAAAGCACAUUAAAAUAUACAUUCCUUUUCACUAUUAGCCAAGUAGGAACCAUUUUGCUUUGCUGCAAACCCAGUUUCCAGGAAAAAGAAAAAGAAAAUCUACGGAAUUGAAACCGAA